AUGUCCUGUAGAUCAAAUAAUUCAUUAAGACUAGCAGAUAAUAUAAAAAGUAGAACUUGCUGUUUCGGUGAUAUCACUAAUAGUGUUAACCAUGAAUUUAAAAUUAAACAUCUCAUUUCCAAGUUUCAAGUUGGUUACUCUAUUGAGAUUCUACACCCUGGAACUGAUUUUAUCCAAGAGUAUAUAAUUCUGAAUCAUCUAGGAGCAGGAUCAUAUGGUAUCGUUGUGUUGGCACAGCUGAAAACACUUUCUGAAGACUCUCCAGUGCACCGGAAAAGCUCAUAUAAAGUUGAAGUAGCAGAUAAAGGUAACUUUUUAGCAAAUAUUGGUGAAGAAUUUGUAGCCAUUAAGAUUAUUGAUUUGGAAAUAGCUAAUUCAUAUAUGGAACGUGGGGAUUCUGUUAUUAUGGCUCAAAAAGAAAUCAAUUUGAUGACUGAUUUACAAGAUUGUCCGGAAAUUUUGCGAUAUUACGCAACUUUUUCAACAGAUUCAUACCUAUUUCUUAUAAUGGAAUAUGCUCAGGGUGGAUCACUUUAUAAUCUAUAUACCAAGUAUGGAUCUUUUCCUGAAGAUAUUGUAGCUUGUGUUGCAUAUGAUAUUUUGAGAUCCCUAAUCAGACUUCAUGAUAACUCUUCAGAAGGUUAUAUUGUUCAUAAUGAUAUAAAAAGUGCUAAUAUACUUCUUUCAGAUAAAUGUAUAUGCAAACUAGCUGAUUUUGGUGUUGCUAGAGAAGUUAAUAGACAUCACAUUAUAAGUGACAAAUUAGAAAUAAGUGCUCCCCACAAUAAUGGUAGCUCAAGCCUUUUAGGAAGUCCAUAUUGGAUGGCUCCUGAAAUAAUACUUGGAUAUCCUUGUACCUCAGCAUCUGAUAUAUGGUCAUUUGGUAUUACACUGUUAGAACUUGCAUUGGGUAGAAUUCCAUGGCCAACGACAUUUAUAUCUAUAUCAUCCUUACUGCAAAGUUUAGUUAAUUCAGCUCCACCACAAAGGGUGAUAAAAAAAGAGAUUAAAGCAUUGUUUUCUUCCGAAUUUUGGGACUUUAUUGAUAAUUGUCUACAAACACAGCCAAAUAGUAGAAAAGCUGCGAGUGUGCUAAUUAAACACCCAUUCAUUGGAAAGAGAAAAAGAUCUGAAACAGUAGAAGAUUAUAUAGCCCAUAUACAAGGAAAGAGGAGAUCUCAAUUGACUAAUAAUAAUAUCUUACAGAUUAUAUUGAAUAAAUUAAUGCAUAUACACCUGCGUUUAAUUAAAAAUCUAUUCUUAACACAGUCUUCAAAUUUUCGUAGUAAUUCAAGAAAUGACUCCAAUAUCACUUUUUACAAUCAAAAUAAGUAUAACAGUAAAAUAUUAGAAAAACAAUAUACUCAAGAGCCAUUUAUAAGUAAAUUGAGUACUGAUAUAAGAUCUUCUCCAUCUGAAGAUCUAAUUUCAAAUAAUUUACAUGUUGAAAAUUUUCAUCUACUAUCUCAAGAAAAAAGUCCUCUUAGCAAACGAAUUAGUGUAAAAUCCUUGUCUAGUAUUGUAAAUACUACCUGUAAAGCUAUAAGAAUAUCACCUCAAAAUUUGCCCUGGAUACUUUCAGAAGCUAGCUAUAGCUUCAAUGAGACAUCUACUAUUGAAUUCGAGCCUAUAAUAAACAGAAAUGUAGAAGAUACUAAAAUAAUCAAUUCAAAAAGUAAUAUGGAAGUAUCGGAAAUCAAAUAUACCCAGGAACUUGAAAAAAAAAGUAAAAGAUGCCGAUUUUUAAUACUUGGAAUUUGUCCCUGCAAUAAAUUGUGA